GUCGCCGCCGCCGCUGCUCUGUUGUUCGCUGAUCUUUAAGGAAGGCUAACAGAGAAGCACAGGUGACGAACAUUACAAGCAAUACAAAAUUAGAACGCUGCGGAGGCUACACCAUUGUCAUCAUCUGCUCUGGAACCCUAGCUCCAACUAAAAUCAAGAUUAACUCCGAUCAACGACAACAAUGGCGCCUCAUGACAAUGAUGCUCGCCAUCAAGUAUUCUGCGUCGGAACGGCCGAUACGAAGCUCGAGGAGCUCCGGUUCCUAUCCGAUUCCGUCCGCUCCAACUUGAACAGCUUCCUCAUCUCUUCUUCUGAGAAGGUACUAGUAACGGUCGUUGAUGUUUCCACGGGACCGAAGGGGAUGGAGAGCUUCGAGGACUUCAAUUUUGUGACAAGAAAUGAAGUUUUCUCUCAUUACUUUGAAUCAGCGGAACGAGCUUCAUCCUCCCUUCCAGAUGACAGAGGCAAGGCGAUUUCUAUAAUGAGCAAAGCACUUGAACAUUUCCUUAAAAAAUCUCAUGGGGAUCAUGUCCUUGUUGGAGCUAUUGGGCUUGGAGGCAGUGGUGGAACAUCUCUUAUGUCAUAUGCCUUUAGAUGUCUCCCAGUUGGAGUACCUAAGGUGAUUGUAUCCACCAUGGCUAGUGGUCAAACCCAAGCUUAUGUUGGCACAUCAGACUUAGUAUUAUUUCCAUCCGUGGUGGAUAUCUGUGGAAUUAAUAGCUUAAGCAGGGUUAUAUUAUCAAAUGCUGGGGCAGCUUUUGCCGGAAUGGUGACUGGAAGCCUCCAGAGGUCCAUGGAACCUCGUAAUGCUAAUGAAAAGUUCACUGUGGGCAUAACCAUGUUUGGCGUUACAACUCCUUGUGUCAAUGCUGUCAAAGAAAGAUUGGUUAAGGAAGGCUUCGAGACCAUGGUUUUUCAUGCCACAGGGGUUGGGGGCAGGGCUAUGGAGAAUCUGGUACGAGGAGGAUUUAUUCAGGGUGUUCUGGACAUUACAACGACAGAGGUUGCAGAUUAUGUUGUUGGAGGUGUUAUGGCUUGUGAUAGUUGCCGAUUUGAUGCUAUCAUAGAAAAGAAGAUCCCUUUGGUUUUGAGUGUGGGAGCCUUGGAUAUGGUUAAUUUUGGAGCUAAAGAUACCAUACCUUCCAAUUUUCAGCAAAGGAAGAUUCAUGAACACAAUGAGCAGGUUUCACUUAUGCGAACUACUGCAGACGAAAACAAGAAAUUUGCUGGCUUUAUUGCUAACAAAUUGAACAAGUCAGCAUCAAAGGUUUGUGUGUGCCUGCCACAGCAAGGUAUCUCUGCUUUAGAUGCACCGGGGAAGGCCUUUUACGAUCCCGAGGCCACUACAACUCUAGUAAAUGAAUUACAGAUGCUCAUUCAGACAAAUGAAGAUCGAAAGGUAAAGGUGUAUCCCUGCCAUAUUAAUGAUCGUGGGUUUGUGGAUGCGUUGAUUGACUCAUUUUUAGAGAUGAUGGCAAGGAAUUCUGAAAAUACCAGUCCAUGUCAAAUUGCAUUUGGCAAAUCCAGUGAAGAGCUAGAUGAGAAUACUAGUUCUGAGCCGAGUUUGUCAGGCUAUGGAACUAUUUGCCACAGCCCAACUGGUUUCCCUGAUGCAAGACCAGAAACUUUGCAAAGAACACAGGCAAUAUUGCAGCAACUGAAAGAUCAAAUAAGUAAAGGGAGGCCUAUAAUAGGAGCUGGUGCAGGGACUGGCAUAUCAGCAAAGUUUGAGGAAGCUGGUGGUGUGGAUUUGGUAGUCAUAUAUAACUCAGGGCGCUUUCGAAUGGCAGGAAGGGGUUCAUUAGCAGGCUUAUUACCUUUUGCUGAUGCAAAUGCAGUAGUUCUUGAAAUGGCCAAUGAGGUGUUGCCUGUGGUGAAAGGAGUACCGGUUCUUGCUGGAGUAUGCGCAACUGACCCUUUCCGUCAGAUGCAUUACUUUUUAAAGCAGUUGGAGUCAAUUGGAUUCUCUGGUGUGCAAAAUUUUCCAACUGUCGGUCUCUUUGAUGGCAAUUUUAGAAAAAAUUUGGAAGAGACUGGGAUGGGAUAUGGCUUGGAGGUUGACAUGAUUGGAAAAGCACAUAGAAUGGGUCUUUUGACAACCCCUUAUGCUUUUAACUGUGAUGAAGCUAUUGGAAUGGCAAAAGCUGGGGCUGACAUCAUAGUGGCACAUAUGGGCCUCACGACAUCUGGGUCAAUUGGUGCAAAAACAGCUGUUUCAUUGGAGGAAAGUGCUGUGUGUGUUCAAGCUAUUGCAGAUGCAGCACAUAGGAUCAAUCCUGGCGUAAUUGUGCUCUGCCAUGGAGGCCCUAUAUCUGGUCCAAAAGAGGCAGAAUUCGUAUUAAAAAGAAUGAAGGGAGUGCACGGAUUUUAUGGGGCUUCAAGCUUGGAGAGACUGCCAGUUGAACAAGCUAUAACAAGCAGAGUCCAGCAAUACAAAUCAAUUUCCAUAAAGUGAAAUUAAUUCGAUGUCUGUUGCAAGGGCAGGUUUGUCAAAUAGGGCCUUUGUAUUACACCUUUAACACGGCCCCUUUUUCCUAUAAUUGUAGUUGCUCCCCGACCUGCCACAGCCUAUCUAAAUUUUACCUUUUAAUGAAUAAUUUUGUGAAAAUAUUUUAUGUAAUAUAUACUUUGCCCAUACAAGACAAAUACAUCCUAUAUUUUCCGAA